UCAGCUGCUGCUACAUCCAGCGCUGUGCAGUGACAGAAAAUAAACCGUAGCGCUAGCAAAACAGGUUGCUUUUAUUUUUUGACUCGAAAGCGACAGAAAUAAUAGUUGACCCUGAGGAGGUUUGGGUUGUUUUGUUGGCAGAAGAGCGGGAGCAGUUGAACAAUAACGGUGGUUGAGCUCUGACAGCAGCUCGGUGCAUCAUUUUUGGGAUUCCUCUGCUAGCUCUUGGACGGAAUUGAAUAGCGGUAACGUGAUGUUGUGCAUGAGCAGAAUGAUCUAGGUUUUUCUGGGCAGUGUUUGUUUACUGAUAUAAAUUGGUAAACAGAACAAAACUCACUGAAUGCAGUGUUUUUUUCGGCCCAGGAGCAUAAGUGGCCUGGACUUUGGAGGACCGAUGGACUGGAUGAUGAGAGUGCAUUUGAAGGGUCAGGUUUAAAUUCUGAUAAAUAGAACAGUUUGGAUUUGUUUUUAAUUGUAGGCACUACCAGAGACAAAAUCUUAAAUAGUUUAACUUGGCUUAAUAUAAUAUCAGGCCAAACUUGAAUAUUACCAUCAACAACAACACCACUCACCACCCACUUAGGGAAGCAGGACUUUUGCUGUUAUUUCAUCUAUAAAUAUAAAUAUGAACUUUUUUCAAACAUUUUUUUCCCUCAAAACAGCCUUUUAAAAUAGAUUUAAUCUAAAUCUAGCCUGUAUGAAACUAAUACAUUUUUUUUUAUGUAUGUAAUGAACCAUUUUUGAUUUGAGGUGGACCUUGAAUUAAGUUAGCUCUUGGCUCUUUAGUUUUAAUUUGGAGGUCAUCUUGUUUUAUAUGUGGUGAAAUCUCACUUUUUCAGAUUGACAUUGAAACUAAUAUUCAAUCCCUAAAGGACAUCACAAAUUUGUAGACAACAACAGCUCAACAAACUGCAUCUUUGACUAGUUCUACAUAUUGGAGGUUUUACUAUUCUAAUAAUAAGCAACCAGCAACCAUGUUCAGCUGGCUUGGAACCGACGACAGGAGGAAGAAGGAGCCAGAAGUCUUUCAGACUGUCAGCGAAGGACUGAAAAAGCUUUACAAAACCAAACUCCUGCCGCUGGAGGAAAGCUACAAGUUCCACGAGUUCCACUCCCCGGCUCUGGAGGAUGCUGACUUUGACAACAAGCCCAUGGUCCUACUGGUGGGUCAGUACUCCACUGGCAAGACAAGCUUCAUACGCUACCUGUUGGAGCAGGAUUUUCCUGGAAUGCGGAUUGGCCCCGAACCCACCACGGAUUCCUUCAUCGCGGUGAUGCACGGCGACACAGAAGGAGUCAUUCCCGGGAACGCUUUGGUGGUUGACCCCAAGAAGCCCUUCAGAAAGCUGAAUGCAUUUGGAAACGCAUUCCUCAACAGGUUUGUGUGUGCCCAGCUGCCGAACCCAGUGCUGGAAAGCAUCAGUGUGAUCGACACACCAGGGAUUCUGUCUGGAGAGAAACAGAGAAUCAGUCGAGGCUAUGACUUUGCGGCUGUCCUGGAGUGGUUUGCGGAGCGAGUGGACCGGAUCAUAUUACUGUUUGAUGCCCACAAACUGGACAUUUCUGAUGAGUUCUCAGAGGUGAUAAAGGCCCUGAAGAACCAUGAAGACAAAAUAAGGGUUGUGCUGAACAAAGCUGACCAGAUAGAGACCCAGCAGUUGAUGAGAGUCUACGGUGCCCUGAUGUGGUCACUAGGGAAAAUAGUCAACACCCCUGAGGUGAUCCGUGUCUACAUCGGUUCAUUCUGGUCCCACCCUCUGCUGAUCCCUGACAACAGGAAGCUGUUUGAGGCGGAGGAGCAGGACUUAUUUAAGGACAUUCAGUCUUUACCGAGAAAUGCAGCGCUUAGAAAACUCAACGAUCUGAUCAAGAGGGCAAGACUAGCCAAGGUCCAUGCCUAUAUCAUCAGCUCACUGAAGAAAGAGAUGCCUUCUGUGUUCGGGAAGGAGAACAAGAAGAAAGAACUAAUCGGCAGUCUGGGAGAUAUUUAUAAACGCAUUGAAAGAGAGCAUCAGAUAUCACCUGGAGAUUUCCCAAAUUUGAAGAAGAUGCAGGAUCAACUCCAGGCUCAGGAUCUCACCAAGUUCCAGCCUCUGAAACCCAAACUCCUGGAGGCAGUUGACGACAUGCUAGCCAAUGACAUUGCUGGCUUAAUGGUCCUGGUCCGUCAAGAAGAAACGCAGCGUCCUAACCCAGUUGUGAAGGGCGGUGCCUUCGAUGGCACUUUGGACGGCCCGUUCGGCCACGGGUAUGGCGAAGGAGCCGGUGAAGGCAUCGACGAAGCGGAGUGGGUCGUCGCACGUGACAAACCGGCUUAUGAUGAGAUUUUCUACACAUUAUCUCCUGUCAACGGAAAGGUGACUGGAGCCAACGCCAAGAAGGAGAUGGUGAAGUCAAAACUGCCCAAUACAGUGCUGGGAAAGAUCUGGAAGCUGGCAGAUAUCGAUAAGGAUGGGAUGCUGGAUGAUGAGGAGUUUGCGCUGGCCAAUCACCUGAUAAAAGUGAAACUGGAAGGACAUGAACUGCCAUCAGAGCUGCCAGCACACCUGGUGCCCCCAUCCAAGAGGAAAAUACUUGAGUAAAUGUAAGAUUACCUCAACUCCCUGCUCCAAAACCUGUAAGUAGACCCCACACCCAUCUCCAGAGAAAAUGAUUCGCAUUAAAAGAGGUAGAAGAAGUUUCCUGUAGCGUUAUAGCAAAAAAAAAAAAAAAAUACAAAAAUCCCCA